CCCUGGGCCUUGUUCCGGUGCGCCAACCGGCGGCGUGAGCGGGUCUGGGGGCGGGAGUCCAGAGCAGCUGUCAGGCCGAAGUCCGGCGAGCUACGCGCAGCAGGGCGGCUGGAGGAAGCGCGGCGCCGGGCCGGGCCCGGCCCUGGAGAUGGUCCCCGGCGCCGCGGGCUGGUGUUGUCUCGUGCUCUGGCUCCCCGCGUGCGUCGCGGCCCACGGCUUACGCAUCCAUGAUUAUUUGUACUUUCAAGUGCUGAGUCCUGGGGACAUUCGAUACAUCUUCACAGCCACGCCUGCCAAGGACUUUGGUGGUAUCUUUCACACAAGGUAUGAGCAGAUUCACCUUGUCCCUGCUGAACCUUCAGAGGCCUGCGGGGAACUCAGCAACGGUUUCUUCAUCCAGGACCAGAUCGCUCUGGUGGAGAGGGGGGGCUGCUCCUUCCUCUCCAAGACCCGGGUGGUGCAGGAGCACGGUGGGCGGGCAGUGAUCAUCUCUGACAACGCAGUUGACAAUGACAGCUUCUACGUGGAGAUGAUCCAAGACAGUACGCAGCGCACAGCUGACAUCCCCGCCCUCUUCCUGCUUGGCCGAGAUGGCUACAUGAUCCGCCGCUCCCUGGAACAGCAUGGGCUGCCAUGGGCCAUCAUUUCCAUCCCAGUCAAUGUCACCAGCAUCCCCACCUUUGAGCUGCUGCAACCGCCCUGGACCUUCUGGUAGAAGAGUUGGUCCCACAUUCCAGCCAUAAGCAACUCUGGGCUGGGAAGGGGAAAAUCCAGGAAUUCUGCUGUUUGGGAUUUGGGGAUAGCAUUUGGGGACUGGGGGAGCCAGGUAGAGGAAAAGGGCUUGGGCCUUGGCUAAGUUAAAGGAAGCCACACCACUGGCCUUCCCUCCCCUGGGCUCCUAAGGUGUCUCAUGCUAUGGGAAGAGGCAAGAGCCAGGCCCCAGGUCUUAUGGGCUAGGGUCUGGAACUAAAGGGGCCAACAGCAGGUAGUCUGAAAGUCAUCUGAGACCUGUCACAUCCCACCUGGCUUCAGCCUCCCCACCCAGGGUCUUUCACAGCAGUUGCUGGAAUGGUAUAAGGAGCUGGUGUUUGAGGACUACAUAAUAAACCCUCACUGACUUUUUAGCAAUAAAGCCUCUCAUCAGGGUU